AUUGUUAGUUAAUGUUUAGUUAGUUGUCUAGCACAAUUUUCUAGUUAUGAAACCUAAAAGUUCUUUAUACUAAAAAGUUAUCAAGUUUUUGAAAAAGUUUUAAAAUAUUUUAUCACUUUUUAAACUCAGAUUUUAAUUUUAUUUUCUCCUUGAAUUUUUUUUUAUCUCUCAAUGGCAUAAGCUUGCUUCUUUCAAAGCUUCUAACACAUUUUUUUUCAAAAAUUUCUCAAUGGGUCUUCUAAAACAUUUUUUACCUAAGUUUUCGGUGUUGCUUAGCUUACGUUCAUUUGCUAAUAGGCGACUAUAUAUUCUAGUUUUUUUCUGACUUCCUUUACUUCUUAUUUGCUAAUGGCAUAACUAUAUAUUCCAGUCUUUCUCUGGUUUUCUUUCUUUGAUUACCAAGAAAGAACUACCAUUUUAAAAUAAAAUUUUUUCACCUUGGUGUUCGCAGCUAACUCAUUAAUUAAUAACAAAAAUUUGUAUAUUUCAAGAGCAGAAACAAAUUUUAUAUAUUUUUUGAUUAUUUUUUUUCUACUUAUCAUGACAAGUCAAUUGCAAAAAAGAAUUUUAUAUUUCAUUAUUUUUAUUAUAUUAUCCUCAUUAUUAGUCUACCUCUGGCUCUUUUGUCCUUAUUUAUAAAUUUCUUAUUUAUCUUUAUUUUGAAUAUUGUUGCUAUAAUAUCUUCUUCAGAUUUGUUCUGUUUCUAUGAAUUUAUUUAUACAAAUUUACUCGUAACAACCUUUAUUUUUUUUUCUAACUCUGUACCUCCUGCUUACAAAACAAGUACCCCACUAUUAUCAAUAUUGAUUACAUCAUUGCAAACCUGCUUGUUUUUUUCCUAUUUUAAAGUUUUAUUAUUUCUAACUUUUAGAACUAAAGUUCGUUUGAAUCAUAUGGCUUUUAUUUAUUUAGUUUUUCCUGCAAACUUUUUGUAGUAAAAUAUUGUAAGAUAAUGUAUACAAAAAUAGUAUAAAGCUGUAGUUUUAUGCACUAUUUAUUUUUGGGGGUUAAUCCAUAAUGACAGAUAAAGGUUUUAAAAACUUUACUAACUUUUAGUUUAUAUUUAUAUAAAUAUAUGCAAUAUAUACAAACAUAUACAAUAUAAUAAUACAUUAUAUACAUAUAAUACAUUAUAUUGAAGAUUUUAUGCUAUUCUAUGCUGAUCUGAGCUGAAAUAUUUUGAUGAGAACUUCAAAGCAAACAUUUGUUAAAGUUAAAGUUUGUCAAACAGAUUUAUUAAAAUUUAAACAUUUUUUUUUAAAAUAGAAAAUUUGUAUUAGAAAAACAAGAAGAAAAACUAAAAUAAGAAAAAAAAUAUUAUUUAAAUCAUUUUACAUGUUUUACAUAUAUAUAACAUUAAAUUGGGGCCUAAAGUUAGUCAAAGUCAUAUACCAUAUAUACAAAAUAGUCAAAGACCUCUUUGUUCUGGCCAAAAACCUACUUUAGGGACAACUAGCCAUAAGUCUUUCUGCAAGUAUAUUAAAUUAAAUCUAUGGAGCAUCAGAACAAAAUUUAAAAAAUGAAUGGUAGAACGAAAUUAAAAAAUCUUUUUCAGUGUAAUUGGGAGUAAAAGCAAGACGGCAUUUGUGCAACAAACUCUAUUGAUUUCAUUUUAGUCAGAUUAACAUAAUCUUACAUAAAGAAGUUGUGCAAGUUUGCAAAUAAGAUUAGUAAAACUGUGGCGAAAGAAAGGAAAGAGACCCUGCAUUGCUGUUACUUAAAUAACCUGGUAAAACUUCAUAACUAAAUAAUAUACUUGUUUUGUUUUUUUUUCACCAAGAACAAGAUAAAAAAGUUCUGCAGUAUAAAAGAUGUUGACGUAUGUUUUAACUUUUAUUUAUUAAAAAUAAUCAAAAGAUUUAUUGGUGUGGGUGUCAAACCAGAAAAGCAUCAACAGGUUUUGUUGAUGCUUUUAACACAGAAUUUUAUAUUUUUCUCCUGGUACCAGUGUCACGAAAUGAUUUCUAAUAUGAACCUCAUGACUCAAGAAAAUUCUUUUGGGCUGUGAUAGUAGGGAUAUAUAGGAGUGUAUUAGAAGUGAUUUUAAAAUCUUUUGUCAUUGUCCGUGGAAGAAAAAUUGAUUUGAAGUUUAAGUAUUUUUCGAAGUUUUUGUGAAGUCAAAGCAAGUAAAAGCUUAUUUUAAGGCAAGAAUUUGCUAUAUUUUGUCAUAAAGGUUGCAAAUAGAGAUAUUGUUUACAUUUUUAAAUGAGUUAUAUACAUCGUUUAUUUAUUUUAAAAAUUUCGGGAAUAGGCUAAAUGCAAAAGCAUUUGUUUAGAAAAUUUUAGGAAGAGCAAAAGUGCAAUCAACAUUUCUAAAAUGCCUAAUCAAGCAAAAUGUCAUGAUGAAAACAGGAAAACUGUAUGUUUUCUUUGUUUAAAUAAAUCCUCUAGACAACUCACUGCUGUUAUGAUUAAAAGCUACCACAAAGUCUUUGGCCGACCAAUCAACUUUUAAGACCAAAGAGUUCCAGUUGGAGUUUGUGAAAAAUAUUGCACUAUUCUUAGAAGAAAAGAGGCAGGUCAUGAUGUCCAACUUCCCUUUUUGCCUGAUUAUCAAACAAUUAAAGAUCGGCCAACAACAAUCAGUUUGUGAUUGCUUGAUUUGUUGUGUUGGGAAAGUAAGGUUGAAAAGCCCCAAACCAGUCAAGCCAAAUAACCCAACCAAUCCACCAACUGCCAGCUGUUGAAAAACGCUGUUCUGCAUGCUUUUCACUGAUUGGAAGAGGUAAUCCCCAUGUCUGCACCAAAGGAAUGCUUAGACAAAACUUACUUGAAGUUGCAACUAAAGAUGGAAAAACUGCUGAGAGGGUGGCUGCUACAGUGAUUCCCAACAAGACACAAUCUCCUCAUGGCACAGUUUGCUUUAGCCAAGGAUUGGGAAGAAAUCUUCCAGUGACUCUUUGUAUAAAUACUGAUCUUCAAGGCAAAGAGAACUUUUUUCCACCAACAUCUACUUUGUCUGGUCAACAGCUCUUACAAGUUCAAAAUCAGACUGGCUUAUCUAACAGAGGAAUGAACAAGCUUGUUUCAACUCUCGAUCAAAUUACUCCACAUUGCCUAGUUGAGAAUAACUUUAGGGAAAAGUUUGAGUCACUUGGAAAGCAUUUUUCUGGUUUGUUUGUUACCUGCCACAUUAUGGACACAAUCAAAACUGACAGCCAUGAGUCCAAGACACUACUUGUGCACUGCAAAGAUCUUAUUUCUCUGAAAAACACUGUCAUCCAAAUUCGAGUUCCACAGUCAAAUGAACUUAUAAAGAUUGGAAUAGAUGGAGGAGUAGGUUUCUUGAAAGUUUCUCUAGGAAUAAUUGCCUUAGACGCACAAAGUGUCUCUCAACCAUCCAAAAAGCCUCUUUUCAAAGAUUUAGGUGUGAAACGCCAAUUGUUGGUAGCUGUUUCAGAAAAUCUCCCUGAAAAGUAUGGCAAUGUGAAACAAAUUCUUGACAAAUUGUGCCUUGAAAGGAUGUCUUUUGUGUUGUCCUGUGACAUGAAACUGGCUCAUUUGUGGUUUACAGUCUUACUCCAGUGUAAAUCCUUGUACUUGGUGUGACAUUGAAUCUAAGAAUCUUCAUCUGAGUUGUGAGCUCCGAACUUUUGGAUUUAUUCAGAAUCUAUUCCGAGCUGCACGUGGCCAAAAAAAAAGAGCACGGGACUUUCUAAAUGUUGUGCAUCAGCCUGCUAUCAGAUUGCCAGAUGAUACACUCAUCUUAGACUUCAUUCCAACAAUGGAACUUCACCUUCUACUUGGCAUUGCCAACCACCUCUUCAAGAAUCUCUGUUUGUUAUGGCGAAAUGCAACAGUGGCCAAAGAUGAUGAACAUUAAACAACAGCCAUUUCAUGGAGGACAGUUUGCUGAAAAUGAUUGUUAUGUUUUUAUUUGUAAGUAUUUUGUUGCAAAUAGAGUGUUUUGAUGCACAGAAUGAAUAAAUAAAUGUCACAUUUUUUUUCUAUGAAAUUUAAAGUCAUUAUUUAGAGCAGUAAUAAUAGAAAACUUUGAUUCGAUUUUUCUUCCACGGACGAUGACAAAAGAUUUCAAAAUCACUUUUAAUACACUCCUAUAUAUCCUAUAUAUCCCCACUAUCAUACCCCAAAAGGGUUUUCUUGGGUCACGAGGUUCAUAUUAAAAGUCAUUUCGUGACACUGUGUGGUAAGGAGGUCUUUUAACACAUUUUCUUUAUUUUUCUAUUUGUAAGGAGGUCUUUUAAGUCAUUUAUUUUUAUGUUAUAAAUAUAUAUAUAUAUAUAAUUUAUUUAUAUAUUAUUACAAAU